CCCGGCCCACUGCCACUGCCGGCGUGGAAAAACAGACGUGAGCCGGCACGCACAGGCACAGGCACAGCAGCUCGCAUUGGGAAGCUCGAAGCAUCGGCGACGUCGCUCUGUCUGUUCGGCCUCGGCCCCCGUCCUCGCUCGUAGCUGUCUCUCCUGCCCUGCCGCACAAGAGGGAGGGAGAGGCCGCCCUGGCUGCGAGAUUAUCACGAGGCGGCGGCUUCCGUUCCACCAGCCACGGGUAUGGGGAACCGAAGCAAGCUCCGGCUAUGGUGCUCGGCGUUCGCCUGCGCGCUGGCGGUCCUCGAGGCGGACGGCUAUUUCGUGGACAUUACCUACGUCGAGAGCGCCGUGGCCAAAGGGGCAGUAUGUCUGGACGGGAGCCCGCCUGCGUACCAUCUCGCCCGUGGCUCCGGCUCCGGGGCGAGCAGCUGGUUGGUUCAUUUUGAGGGAGGAGGAUGGUGCAACAACGUGACGACCUGCCUGCAGCGGUCGCACACCCGGUUAGGGUCCUCCAAGGAGAUGGCCAAGCAGGUUGCCUUCUCCGGGAUCUUGAGCAACGCCCCGGAGUACAACCCAGACUUCUACAACUGGAACAAGGUCCGGGUCCGGUACUGCGAUGGCUCGUCUUUCACCGGCAACAAGGAAGAAGUUGAUCCUAGAACAAAUCUACACUACAGAGGUGCGAGGGUAUGGCAAGCAGUUAUGGAAGAUCUGCUCGCGAAAGGAAUGAACAAAGCUGAAAAUGCUCUGAUUUCGGGAUGUUCUGCUGGUGGAUUAACUUCGAUACUGCACUGCGACAGAUUUCAUCGGCUUCUGCCGGCGGCGGCCAAUGUUAAAUGCCUUUCUGAUGCUGGUUUCUUCAUCAAUGUGAAGGACAUUGCUGGAGUGAACCAUGCUGCGGCCUUUUUCAGUGAUGUAGUCAAGACUCAUGGCUCGGUAAAGAAUUUACCAUCUUUGUGCACUUCCAAGUUGCCUGCAGGCAUGUGCCUUUUUCCUCAGAACGAGGUGAAACAGAUUCAGACACCCCUGUUCAUCCUGAAUGCAGCAUAUGAUUCAUGGCAGGUACGGAACAUUUUGGUGCCGGGAGGUUCUGAUCCUCGUUGGCGAAGCUGCAAGCACGAUAUAAAACAGUGCUCGGCGAAGCAACUUAAGAUCUUGCAGGGAUUCAGGGACCAUUUCCUGGAAGCAAUCGAGGCACAAGGGGACUCACCCACCAGAGGGCUGUUCAUAAACUCGUGCUUCGCGCACUGCCAGUCCGAGAUACAGGAGAUCUGGUUCGCGCCCGGCUCCCCGGUGCUCGGAGACAAAAGAAUAGCAAGCGCGGUUGGAGACUGGUUCUACGGCCGCAGUUGGUUUCAGAAGACGGACUGCCCUUACCCUUGUGACUCCACCUGCCAUGUCUUCAAGAACUCCUCCCACACGUAGCAAGUGCAGCGGCCUCGCUUCGUACUACUGUUCCCAUUGAUCACAUUAUUGUUGCUAUUACAUUUGAUUGGUGCACCGCCAUUGGUGCUCCGUGCUCGCAACAGGGCACGGCCUGGUAACCGGCCAUUGAUUUUGUUUACAGGAAUAGUGUUGCUAAAUGUCGACUGAGACUUGGUUGGAUCUAUAUUCGUGAGAUCUUGCAGGAA